GUGCUGUUUAAAUAUCUUACUUCAUCCGCUCACCUGCGUUGCCGAAGCGAACCCCUGGAACCAAUACCAAAAUAUUGAAUCGAAAGUCAUUUGUCAAGUUUAUACGCAUAACAGAUCGCCUGUGGUGCAAGUUUCGAAAAAUUAAUACGCGUCAACAAAUUAUCUGUGCAGAGCGCCUGGAGGCAGCAGGUUAUAUUACCGCUUACAAUUUAUACACUCAAGAAUAUGCUGUGCUAUCAUGUGCAAAUUGGCCUAGUCAUCAAAGCACGGAAUACCUUACAAUUGGCCUCAUGGAUGCUAGCCGGGGAAAGAGUCUGGAAGAUCUAAAUGAGGAUAGUUUGUCCAAGCUUGUUCAUGAAUUUGGACGCAAUCUGGAGAAAGCACACGGAAUACCACCAAGCCAGCUGAUUGAGAUUUAUCAACGGUGCCGAGUGCUCGGACACAAAUGUUCGUACUUCUUCGGAGCACAGCAGGUCGAAGCGGUGAUAUCAACAGGCAGCCCUGCCUCGUCGGAAUUGACCAACUAUGGAGAACCAUGGGUGGAUGGAAAUACAAUAUCGGAAGACAAGAUCGCAGAACCCUGGCCAUUGCUGUCCGUACCGCACCCUCCUAUUCUGCCACUGAGCGACUUUACCAUAUCGAGUUCGUUGAUUCCUAGAGAACAAUGGAUGGAGAACAUUCAACCAGCAGGUGAUCACAAAUAUAAUGCCACGAAAAGCUUUUCUUCUAGUGAAAAGUAUGAACUAACAUUAUCAAUUAGGAGACAAUAAUAUAGAUCACAGUUCGCCCUUAGCCAUCUCUUCUGUUUCUCUACCGCUCGCAAACGGAUAUAAUGUGUCGGCUGCGGAGGACAUCUCGCCAAGUU